AUGGAUUCCCAAAGGUUCCAUCAAGCAACUGGAUCGAAUGGGUGCUCCCAUGACAAAAAUGAUGCAAGAAACGUGGUGGACCUAACCUUGAAGCUUGGUUUAGGAAAUCAUGCUGGUAGAAGUCAUCGAAUAAACCUAAUCGAUUUGUUCAACACCCCAGCCCCCAUGACUACUCCUGAUCUUGCCAAUUUCAAUUUCAAUGCUGGCUCCAACACCAGUGCCAAUAAGGGGAUAAACUUUGGACCAACCAAUGGAGCUCAAGAACAUGUUGUCCUAAAUCACUUUGGCAAAGUUAACAAUGGGAUUGCUCGUGGUGGUGGUGGAGGAAGUACUGUUGCUGGUCUAAAUGCCAAUGGGAUUGCUUGUGGUGGUGGUGGCGGCGGAGGAAGUGUUGCUGGUCUAAAUGCCAAUGGGAUUGCUUGUGGUGGCGGAGGAAGUGUUGCUGGUCUAAAUGCCAAUGGGACUGCUUGUGGUGGCGGAGGAAGUGUUGCUGCUGGGAUCGAUUUUGGGAAGAUGGUCAGAGGAGACCACUCUCAAGGUGGCCAAACCUACAAGUCAGUGGCACGAGGCAAGGGGAACCAACACCCUUCAAACUUCUCAAAUCGCCUCAACCCUUUUUGGACUCCAUUGAGCACUUUGAACACUCACAUACUGUCGAAUGGCUCGUCCAGAGAUAGACAGAUUGGAAGCUCCUAUGGCUCUCGUAGGAGAGGACCAAGACGUUCACGCCAAAUUUGUUACUUCGAUCCAUAUAGAAGAUGUACAAAUUUGAACUGCAACACAAGGAAUACUCCAAUGUGGAGAAGCGGCCCCCUUGGACCGAAGUCUUUGUGUAACGCAUGCGGUAUCAAAUACAAAAAGGAGGAGGAUCGGAGGAAGGCCCGAGGAGCAACCAAUAAACGGAAUAAUAUUUAG